GUGCAUUUAACCUUCUUCUCCAAAAAAUUGAUCCAUUGAUUCGACCAUCGGUAUUAAAUUAUAGACGCGACUUCAUUUCUUCAAAGGAGAAAUUAGUACUUACUCUAAGAUUUUUGGCCACCGGAGCGAGUUUCGCAGACCUUGCUUUUCGUUUCAACAUGGGUCGAGCGACUGUUAGAAAGUCCAUAAUGCAAACCGUAAAAGCUAUUAAUUGUAAAUUGGAGGAAAUAGUGAUGCCCAAACAAAAUUUGUCCAGCUGGAUGAAAAUAUCUGAUGAAUUUUUACAAAAAUGGAAUUUCCCAAACUGCCUAGGGGCAGUUGAUGGGAAACAUAUCCGAAUGUUCGCUCCAAAUAAUUCUGGAAGCAUGGACUUCAACUACAAAAAAUUCUUUUCCAACAUACUAAUGGCAGUAGUGGAUGCAUCUUAUCAGUUUGUAAUGGUUACUAUUGGUGCUCAUGGCUCCAACGCGGAUCCAAGCGUAUUUGCUGCAUCUAACUUUGGCAAGGCAUGGAAGCAGUGCCCCCAACAACUUAAAGUUCCCGCUGAUCGUUGCCUACCUGGAACACAAACACCACAACCAUUUGUUCUUGUGGGAGAUGAGGCAUUCGGAUUGUCGUAUAAUUUGCUGACUCCAUAUUCCGGGAAUUGUCUACCAACGAGUGAAAGAAUAUUUAAUUACAGGUUGUCUAGGGCUAGAAGGCUCGUAGAGAGUGCAUUCGGAAUGUUAGCGCAUACAUGGAUACUAUUGAAAUCCCUUGAGGUUCAGCCAGCACUGGGGAAACUGAUAGUCUUAUGUUGUUGCAUUUUGCACAACUAUAUUAAACUUAAUAUGAAAGAAUUGAAAAAAAAUAUACGAGAAGUACAAACUCAUGAUCCAAGCGCUUACGUUAACCACGAAGCAAGGAUGGCCCCACCUGUGUCAACUGCGGUCACAAUUAGAAAUUCUUUUGCAGAAUGGUUCAUCAACGAAGGCAAUCUACCUUUUCAAUACAGCCGUGUAUAGAGUUUAUGUACGACAAUUGGUUUCAACUGUUUCGAAUUUAUGUAUGACAUA